GUACUAUUCUCCGCCCCUGUCAAUUUUCAGUCUCUUCUUCCACAAGAAAACGCGUCUCCUGCAUAUCAGUAAACCCUUCUCCUCUCUCGCUUCAUUCCAACCACAUACAUAUACAAUCUCUACUUAAACUAUUGUGUGUGUGAUUACACACACUUACUUGACCUUCCGAAUACUUUUUAUGUUGAUAAUAAUAUUUGGUAGCACAGCUAGAGCAUGAGCUUCUUGAGACCAUCAGCACUGUACCAGCUGUUGAUCACCUUUAAUUCAUUGAAAUGGAUGCCUUGUAUGUUCUUCGGAUAUCCAAAUUUUCAAGGGAUCAUUAGGCUUGUGAUCAUGUUUCUUCUCUGGUCAACGUUCACUGAAAUGUGUCACAUUUCUUCUUCCUCCAUGUCUCCUACUCUUCGUGUUGGCGAUCGCAUCUUUGUCGAGAAGGCUUCAUAUUUCUUCAGACGUCCAGCCUUACAUGAUAUUGUAAUAUUUCGAGCACAUCUGAAUCAACCUAGUUUCAGAGAAGGAGAUAUGCUCAUUAAAAGAAUUGUAGCACGAGCUGGAGAUUUGAUAGAGGUUCAUGAUGGGAGACUGUACGUAAAUGGGCUUGCUAUGAAGGAAGAUUUUGUAACAGAGAAACCAAAAUAUGCAAUACAUCCAACGUAUGUACCCAGAGGUCAUGUAUAUGUGCUGGGUGACAAUCGAAAUAACAGUUGCGACUCUCAUAUAUGGGGUUCGCUUCCUAUAAAAAAUGUUGUGGGAAGAUGUGCAAUGCGUUAUUACAGAAGACCAGUCAUCUGAUAUGCUUUGGAGAUAAGAAUUAUGGAAAUACAGAUCCGAUUUGAGGAGGAAUUUGUUUAUUAUCUUGGCACGAUCCCCUCUUUCUCUGCCUGGAAAUUGCAAUAACCUGGAAAGAUUGAUCUCAGCCACCAGUUUACGUCUCAUCUUGACAAGGCAAACAAAGUCAUCUUGAAAGGUUUAGCGUCAAGGAAUGCAACAUUACAUAAAGUCGCGCACAUACUGACAUUAGGACAAUACCCAUCACAUGAUACUCUUCAAGUCGCAUUGCAUACUAUUCUGAGCAUUUGAUCAAAAUAGGGGUUUAUUUUCAAAUUCAGGACUGGAUGGUAAAACACUUUGCUGGCUGGUUAUAUAUGCACAAAUUAAGUAGCAUCGGAGCGAGUCCCCUCCAGGACCACUAUAAAUGGGGAUCCAUUGUAAGUGUUUGAGGCAUCCUAGCCUUAGCAUAUUUUCCAAGUAAUAAACUUGUGUGCUUUCUUAAAUAUUGUCUUCCUCUCUA